AAAAAGAAGAAAAAAUUAAGACUUUUGUGUUUAAUUUCUUUGUUCGAUUCGUCGUCGUUGUUGUUGUUGUCGUGUGAAUGAAAAGAAGACGGAAAAAAAGUUUUGCAUGAAAAAUAAUUAACGUAAGGACAUUAUGGCUUCGUUAACAAAGCAAAUUACGAUGAACGUUUUAUGAAAGCAAGAGAAUAACAAGUUUGGAUAAAUUUACGAAAAAUAUAUUUUUAAAUUCGAGUAGUGUAAAUGCCGUAAAUGGAUCCAAAGCAGCAGUACUGUGCGCCAAAUGAUAUGGUGCCUGCAUCUGCCGCAACAGCAUCAAAAUCCAAGGCACAACUAAACUCAGGAAAUUAUAUUAAUGUCGUGCCAAUGGCUGUUGUUAAUUCUGGUGUUCAGUACCAUUCCAGGAGAAAAUAUCCGCCGCCUCAAAUGACACCUGACUAUCAAUCGCGCGUUUACUUUGGUGACUAUGUGCGUGAUCGAUGUCGUGAGGAUAUAAACAAUCCAUAUUAUUCAAUUCCACAAUCACAGUCAGCACAACAAUCGUCAUCGCAUCAUCAUCAUCAUCAGCAGUCCGUUGCCACAUCGACAAGUGAUGUUGAGCAAUUGAAUGGCAACAUUACAAAUAAUAACAACAACAAUAGUCUAGUUAUAUCACCGCCAUCGUCACUGCAACUUCAUCAGUCAUCGCAACAGUCAUUAGCCUCAUCAAAUACAUCAUCAGUGACAUCGAGUCAACAGCAGCAACAACAACAGCAGACCAUUACACCAUCUGUGCUAUAUACGGUGCAACGCGUUGUUCCAACGUCACAAUUACCAUCCAAUUAUGGAAGUAAUUCAAAUGCAUCAAGUCUAAGUAGCAUUAUAGCACGUAACGAAACAGAUUGCGGAUUACCGAAUAAUAAUGGUCCAAGCACAAGUACAAAUAAUAAUUAUCAGCAAACAACACAGUUAGGUAAUAAUAAUCAAGAUGGCCAGCAACAGCAGCAGCAACAACAACAACAGCCGCAACAUUUAAUGCAUCAACAAUCAGCAAAUAUAUCAAGUAGUAAUAAUAAUAACUUAAUUAGUAACAAUAAUAAUUUUGGAAGUUAUGGUAAUACAACGGCAUCAAACAUUUCAUCGGCAGCAGCGUCAACGACGACAAGUGGCUAUAAUGGAAAUACAAAUCAAUCAAUACCACGACCAAUGCAAAAGGUGAUACCGACAGUAGUAUAUCUUAUGUCACGAAUAGCUGUACAUAUGGAGAUAGAGGGGACAGCGCAAUGUCCAGCACAAGUAAUGCUGGCUGCUGCACUCGGCUGUGAAGAAUUAGGAAUAUCAAAUAAAUUGUUAGCACAAAGUGUUUUUGGACUGUGGAUGUCGAGUCCACUAUUAGAGAUACAACUAAAGCCACAUCAUCGACCGUAUGCUGUUCGUGUGGCAUGGUCAAAUCUACUUGAGAAAAAUUCACAUGGGAAUGAGCUUGAAAAAUGUUCUGACGAUCCAAUGACGACACUAAGGAGAAAUAUUUUCUAUUCGAGACGAGAUGAGGAGAAAAUUAAAGAUCCAAGGAUACUAGAGCUUUUAUACGAAGAAGCACGUCAUAAUGUACUUCUGGGAAGGUAUAUUAUGGAGCCAGCUCAUUCAAUAAUGCUAGGAGGAAUUCAGGCGCGCAUUGAAUUAGGACCAUAUAAUGUUCAUACACAUACUGUUAGUUAUUUUAGAGAAAAUCAAUUUAGGUUUUUGCCAGCACAUGUGGCAAGGAGUACAAGCUGGUCAUGGCUUCCGUACAGUAGACAAACAUCAGCAGAAGUAAGACUGUUAGAACAAUUUAAACGUGUACCAACAACAGCAACGACGAGAAAAUUGAUGCGCAAAUAUUUGGAGUUUUGUUGGGCACUUCCAUUUUACGGUGCUGCCUUCUUCCACGGACAAGUGGAACAACCAGUUCGAGGUCUUAUGAGCCUAUUUCAACAAAAGGAUAUUCCCGUUCUGAUAGCAAUUAAUGAGAAGGGAAUUUAUAUCAUCGAUCAUGUUGAGAGUACACUACUGCUAGGACUAAAAUAUGAAGAUUUUUCAUGGGACUUUGGUAAACCGCCAACAGUCAGCGACGAUCCUGAAUGUUUGCCUUGUUUAUUUAUACAGUUUGGUGCUGUUGAAAAUGGAAUCACUGUAACGAAAUUGAUGCAAAUUUUCUCGAGACAAGCAGCAAUGAUGGACGCCUUAAUUUCACAUUUUGCCGAACAAAUGCGACGUCGAAAGGAUGGAACGGAUGCCAUCGAAAAUGUUGCUGACGAUGAACCAAAUCCCAUUCAAAAUAAUGGCAUAGGUGUGCUGAGCAAUAAAUUUUCACGUCUCACGCUCGCCACAUUUGAUGAUGAAGGACGAUGCAUAGGACAAAUGGGCUCAUUAUCGAUAAGCUAUUAACAUUUAAUUAUCCUUUUUAAUGAUUUCAUUUGAAAUACUCAUCAUGUAAUCACGCUCCGACUAUAAAAGUGAAUCUGCUG